ACCGUCACAACUACAGCGAUCCCACUUAAGCAUUUUGUCCUGUUAAAAGUUAAUUGUUGGAAUAAUUAUAGUAGAUAUGGCAGGAAACUCGGUCGCAAAACUCCUGCUGCUGCUGACAGCAGCUGCAGCGGCUACGGGAAAUUCUAGAAGAUUUUCAGAUCCCAAAAUUGGUGAGUGCGCGCCAGGGUACUACCAAUGCCUGGACGGAAAGUGUAUCUACAACUCACGGGUGUGUGACGGGUCGGAGGACUGCGGCACUGGAGAGGACGAACUAAAUUGUAGUGACCAGUGUCCGUCUGGGUACCUAUGCCAGGACGGACAAUGCAUCCUCAGCAACUGGAGGUGCGAUGGUUAUCCAGACUGCAGCAAUGGGGAAGAUGAAGAUAACUGUGAUGACUCCACUCUGGUUACUACGACAAGUAACACGGCUACUACAAGUAACACGGCUACUACAAGUAACACGGCUACUACAAGCUCGUGUACGUCCGGGUUCGAUUGCUUGGACGGAGUGUGCAUCCCCAGCAAUUGGGAGUGCGAUGGUUAUGAAGACUGCGCCAACGGGGAGGAUGAACGUAAUUGUGAUAGCACCACAACAACUCCGGAGACAACGAUUACAAGCCCGACGACUACAAGCACAACCACCACUAGCACUACGACUAGCUCAACCAGUGCUAGCACACCAACCCUCACCGAAACCACAACGCGACCAACAGGAGUAUGUUCUCUACCAUACGACCGUGUUGGUGAUAAGUGCAUCGUCGUGGAGUUAUUCAAUGAAGGAACCCACGAUGAGAUGCAGUACGAGUGUAGUAGGCUUGGUGGUUCGAUGCUCGAAUUUGGAGACGCCAACGACUUCUGGACGAUACUGCGCUACCUCGAGCAGCAAGGGCUGACGCAACAUGACUACUGGGUGGGUGCUGAGCUGGAGGCAGGCAGCACGACGGCGCACUGGCUGAACUCCGGCACCACCGUCCCGUCGGGCACUCCGUUGUGGGCCAUCAACCGCAACUCCAGCAGCCUAGCCUACGAGCAGGAGCCUGCGGCGAGUGGCUCUCUUCAUCGUGUCUACAUGCGAGCUCAUCGCAAGCUCUUGCUCGCCGCCGCGCCUCCUGACCAGAUCUUGAUGGGCACCAUCUGCGAGGCCCCUCUGAGCUAGAUGGCUCGGAGCGGGAAACAUUGGAUGGACUAUCAAGAAUACGUCGCCCUCUGGAGUUAUCAGCGCCCAUCGAUCUUCACUGCAUCAGGCGACGAAUCCACUCCUGAGGCGCCCACAUAUAUAGCCCAUUAUUUUACGUCUUCAGAUUAAUAAAUUAAUUUGCAUC